AUGUCGGAAUGCCUCAGCGACAAUGGACCAGCGAAGGCAGUGGCCCUUGGAAAGCCGGUCCUGGAAACGCAAAGCAAGAUGUGGGUGGAUGACAUCCAGGCCGAGUGUCAGCUGAUGGCUUUCGCAACGCCAGAUCCGAAGAUUGAAAUUAUUGCUGUCGUGAAGGGGACCGUGCAAGAUGCAGAUGGAGUGCCUGUCCGCGUACAUUCUGAAUGCUUCACCGGAGACGUGCUGGGGUCGCAACGUUGUGACUGCGGACAGCAGCUUCACAAGUUCAUGAGGAUAAUGAAUGAUUCGGCUUGCGGUGUUCUUCUUUACAUUCGCGGCCAGGAGGGGCGUGGUAUCGGACUUUUUUCGAAGAUUCGUGCUUACCAUCUUCAGGACCAAGGUCACGACACGGUGGAUGCGAACUUGAAGCUCGGACUUCCGGUGGACAUUCGCAGCUACGAGGAUGCCUUGCGGGUUUUGCAAGACCUCGGGCUCAAGUCUGUUCGACUCUAUACGAACAAUCCAGACAAGAUGACUGCACUGAAGAGCAUUACGCAGGAGGUAGCAGCACUUGCAUCUGUGCCAUCUGCGCAUAGUGUAGGCUACCUCAAGACGAAGAGGGAGAGGCUGAAUCACCGGACGGUCCUGGAAACCUUUAAGUUGCCGGAGCUCGGCCUGGAGAAAUCCCAGCUCCGAAUAGGUCUUGUCUUCACCACUUGGAAUCAAUACUUUGUUGAUGAACUGGUUUCUCUCGCGGGGGCAGAGUUGACGAGUUCGGGUGCCGAAACAUUGAAGAUGGCGGUGCCUGGAGCUUGCGAGCUCAUCAGCGGCUGCAGGAUUACCUUGCGGCACCAUAAGCCUGAUGCAGUGAUCGCUGUCGGAGUUCUUAUCCGAGGGUCCAGUGAUUUGUACGAUCGCACCUGCAAUGCAGUCAUGAGUGGUCUCACGGAGUUAAAUGCGAUCCAAGACACGCCAAUUGUGCUGGGCAUUCUCAUGUGUCAGAACGAGGAGCAAGCCAGUGAGCGAUCGCAUGGACCGAACAAUCCUGCGAAGGCCUGGGCACAGACAGCCAUGCACAUGGCAUCGCUGGCACGGACCUUCCCUGGACCUGGUGGAUGA